AUGGCCGCCCCCACGCUGGUUGAUCCGACCAAGCAGGCUGAAUACCCCAUUGUCCUCGGCGACCGCCUGUUGAACGCUGGGACCAAUCGAUUGGUCAACAUCAAUUACAACUACAAAGCCAAGCAUGCAACUUCACAGCAAUGCUCUACCGUUACCCCCUCCCAGUCGCGCGGCGUGUACGACCUGACCGUCACUGAUAAGGCCCCGAGCGCCGAUCAUACUGUGACGUAUACCUACAAGGGCACCGAGGACCCGGACCAUGAACGUGACUCCUAUGUGCUAGUGUGGAAUCCAGAUGACAAAGUCUUUGUGCUCGAGCCCGUAUCGGCUAAAUGGAAUUUCAACCUGCGAUCAGCGCCCGGGAAGACGGAGAAGCAGGUGCGGGAGCAGUACGAGCAACUGCGGCUAACCCACGAGGACGAGACCACAUCUGGCGACGAUCGUAACGCAGGAAAUACCAGUGACGACGAGGGGGCAGCAGAUGACAGCAAUCCCUAUGAUUUUCGACACUUCUUCGCCAAGCCCGGGGCUCAAAUCGCUAAACCCGCCUCUGGCAACAGCACUCCGGAACCAAUCCACACCAGCAAAGCUAAUACUCCGGUUAUGCCUGCAUCCAAACCGGCUCCAAAGCCAAUGGCCCGGCCCAAGAAGCAAGCGAAUCCUUUCCGCGAGACAAAGAAAACCCCCCCGAACCAGGAAGAGACCCGGUCGACUCUGUCCGAUGCAGAGACAGGUUCCGGCUCGCAGCAGACCGUCCAAUCUCCGAAUUCGAAUCUCAUCAUCGAUGGUGACCUUAUCAUCGAUAUGGGAUCGCCUAAGGCUCGGCCCGCAUUUAACAUCAACCCUGCUUUCUUCUCCUCCAAUAAUACUCCCAAAGACGAGGAAGAGGACGAGGAAGAGGAGGAUUACAUGGAGGAUUUCCGUCUCCCUUCUCCCGCCAGAACUCAGCAGGCCCAGGAGCCUGCCCCAGCUCCUGCUCCUGCCCCCACCGAUGAGGGCGAGGAGUUCGAGGAGGAUCCACUUGCGGCAGAGAUGGAGGCGGCUUUCGAAGAGGCGGCUUUCGAAGAGAGCCAGCAAUACUCUCACAAUACCUCGAAUCAUUACGUGCAAAGUGAUGAUGAGAGUGAGGUGAGCGAGGAGGAGUGA